CCGAAACGAAACUACUCGGCGGAGAAAGUGACAGCAGACGUAGCGGUGCCGGCGGCGGACACCGACGACGACGACGUUAAGGCAGGAGUUCUUCGGGCCUCCUUGAAGAAGAGAGAAUAGACAUGGUGCGAGCCAUCCACGCGGCGUGCACCGCAUGGUAACCGACACGCUCCAUCGGUCGUGUCCACCCGGAAGGACCACGGAGUGCUCGUUUCGCGGAUUUUCAAUCAAUCAAGAAAUUAUUUCCGGAAGAAUCGAAUUAAUACGCUGAGUCUGAAGAACAUCCGUGGAUGAACAAUGUUGGCUUCCCAAUAGAAAUCGAGAGAAAUGAAAGGAGUGGAAAAAGAGUGAGGAUAACACUCGGAAGAUGAAAAAUAGUAAAAUACCAGAAGCACAGCAGAAAUUUGUGAAAAUUCGCAUCGUUUUGAAGAUUUCAAGCGGCCUCGUUAGUCACUGAAGCGACAGAGCCUUAUCGUACUUCGUUGCGAUAACGAGAAAUCAUGCAAGGAAGAUAUUAGCUUCGUAGUAGUUUCGGAAGUGUAACCGCAUAAGAGAAGUUUUUUGUUACUUUAUUCCCGGUAUUCCGGGCAAAUUCGUGAGUGUGCGAGGAUUCGUGAGGGAAUUGGAGAAAUUCCUCGGCAAUUAAGGCGGUGAUACGAAGAACAGCCGCAACGAUAUUCUUGGUUGUGUUAUGGUGUUGAGGACUGCCUCGGUCAGAACGAGGCGGAUGAAGAGGUCGUAGAAGAGAGGGUGGCAGGAGUGGUGUCCUGGCGGGUUCCCCCUGAGAAAUCGUUCGAUCAAUCGAGGAGAAAUCCAGGAAGGUCACAUUUAGUGAAUCGUAAAACGAUGGGUGCAUCGAGGCUGCUUCAAUGGCUUCUCGCAGCGGUCGUCCUGAGUCUUUCCUCGAGCUUAAUAGUGAGCGAAGUGCGUCAACUCGCGAGCUCCGAUUCCUCGACCGUCAAUGUGCGAAGAAACGAGACGAAUCGCACCGGGAUGAUGGCGAUACGCCGACGAAGAUACGUGCGAUUUCCCACGGGAUCCGCUUAUCUUCUUGAAGGUGGUUCAUCGCUCGGUAGAAAUCUCGGAACGCGUUUCACCUCGCAGACUCCGUUCCCCGGUUCGUGGAGACAACAGAAGGCUCUUUGGAGAAGCCCUGUGAUCGCCGAUUACAACAGACCGGUGAUGUCCCAUCGAUCACCGCGACUGAUAUUCCGCGACAACGAUUUCCCGCUGAUCGGAGGCGGCGCGACCUUUUUCCAGCAUUCGAAUCAAUUGCCAGAAUUCGAAGAUGAUAUCAGAGAUCAUCGAAAGCAGACGCCAGAGGACUAUCCAAGGUUAGAAACAGGUUGCGGCAUACCGGUUUCAAAGCAAAUCGCACAAAGAAGAAUCGUCGGUGGCGAUGAUGCCGGUUUCGGCAGUUUUCCGUGGCAGGCUUAUAUACGGAUCGGAUCCAGCAGAUGCGGCGGCACUCUGGUUAAUCGAUUCCACGUCGUCACCGCUGGACAUUGCGUUGCAAAAGCAACGGCGCGACAAGUCCAAGUCACCCUUGGUGAUUACAUGGUCAAUUCUGCGAGUGAAUCUCUACCAGCUUACACCUUUGGGGUUCGAGAGAUUAGAGUGCACCCUUAUUUCAAAUUCACGCCACAAGCGGAUAGGUUUGAUGUAGCCGUGCUUCGAUUAGAUCGACCAGUUCAUUAUAUGCCCCACAUAGCGCCUAUAUGCUUACCGGAGAAAAAUGAAGAUUUUCUGGGACAAUAUGGCUGGGCCGCCGGAUGGGGCGCUUUGCAAGCAGGUUCGAGAUUACGACCCAAGACAUUGCAAGCGGUGGAUGUGCCCGUGAUCGAUAAUCGUCUCUGCGAGCGGUGGCAUCGCUCCAACGGCAUCAACGUCGUCAUUUACGACGAGAUGAUGUGUGCCGGUUACCGCAGCGGCGGCAAAGACUCGUGUCAGGGCGAUAGCGGCGGCCCGUUGAUGUUGGAAAAAACCGGUCGGUGGUAUCUCAUUGGCAUCGUUUCCGCUGGUUACUCCUGCGCGCAGCCGGGUCAACCGGGUAUCUAUCAUCGCGUAGCCAAGACCGUCGACUGGAUCACGUACGUCAUAAACUCGUAGCGCGCCAUCGAUGCGGGAAGAUCCCUUCAGUGAGCCCCGAACUUUGCAUGACACAAAGUUCAAGUAUUCUUCGUGCCGAGAAUGCUUUUAGCGUUGUGCCUGAAAAAUCGACGUGCCGCAAAGGCAAAAAAAUUUUAUGAAAAUAUAAUUUAAACGACUUUUAUAGAAGGACUAUAUUUAAUGAAAUUAUAGCCAUUUUACUUUACAAGUAUGUAAAAAUUAUUUAGGGGAAAUGUAAUUCUGCGAUGUAAAUGAGAAUGCAGCGUGUUUAACAGUCAUGAACUCAAUUCCGAAUUUUCGCAAAUAUCUCGAAGGUAAACAAAAGUUGAUAUUUUUUGUUAAAUGUAAUGUAUAGUAGUAAUAUACACUGUUUAUCGGAAAAAUCGAUCGAUCUCGAUGAUUGACUCGACAUCAAUGAUAUAAUUCUAAAUUUGUGGCAUUUGAUUUUACAAAAUAUUAACGUUUUAAACACAAAUUUUCUCAAGUAAACGGUUCCCGUACUGUGAUACUGUUAUCAUUUUUUCAUCUUUUUAUCUAUGUAGCAUAUACAAAGUUUUGCUGAGUGAGAAGGCUUGCUUUGAGAUGCGCCGUUAUUUUUUUUUUC